GUACUUGUACCCGACCUCACCUUACAUCUUUUAUUGGACACAUCGCGCAUUCUAUCUCACACAAAGUAUCUUUCUUGCGCGAAUACAGCCAUUUCGAUCACCCUCACUUCUGAUGACUGUACUGCGAUGAGCUAGCACCGCACCGUAAAGCAACAUUCCGUCACUCCUCCGCCAUACACGCCCUUCACGCCAACGACCUUCCUCUUUUCCGCUCGUCGCCACCUCCAUUUCCAGUUCCACUCCCUUCCGACUCCGACUCCGACUCCGAUCGUCAAUGCGCAAUGAAUCACACGACCUCUUAUAGCAUGAGCCGCUCGCCCAUCCAGCUCGAUGAGGGCUUCUCCGAGGAGACACACAGUCAGCCCGGCAGCGACUCCAUGGAAGAUGCUAGCAGUCUGUUUCCCAUCGGCAGCGAUGCGCAUCUCGAACACACCAAGGAUCUGGCCUCGACUUUGACACCGAACCAACAAUCAGAACUUUUCGAGUUUCUUACGAGCAGACUCAGUACGGCCGCCCUGCUGGUGUUACACAAGCAACUUGCAGCACACAUCUACUUUGACCCUGUCGCAUACCUUCCAAAUGAGCUGGUUCUCAACGUCUUUUCGCACCUGUCGCCACUGGAUGUGCUCACCGCGUCCACAGUUUCACGGCCAUGGCGACAACUUGCGCGGGAUGAGCGGUUGUGGCGCCACAACUUCUAUCGGGAGGGGUGGGCGCUCGAGCAAUCGAAGCUCCAUGAGCAGGAGCAGAAGGCAAAGCAAAAGGGUAUGCAGGCUGCCGAGCGCAUGAUGCGCUGUGGUCGGCCAGGGCAGGGCUUGGAGCGUCGAAGCAGUCGAAAACGGGCACGGAUCGAGGCAUUCAGUGAGGAUGAAAAUGGGCCAGCACCGGCGACCGAUCCUACAGAACUGGCAUGCGACGACUCCAUAAGCAACAUGGAAGGGGUGGAGGCUACAGCUCUGCUCAACACAACCGAAUCGCAGGGCUCUGCUGUCACGGAAUCUACCUCUGUCUACACUGCAGUCGAACCUGGGGAUUCUACAUCGGAAACUGUUUGGGAUUCCACUCCAGCACACUCAGCACUUGAUCUGGCUCCGCGUGUUUUCGUCAAUUCAAAUGCUUCAAGGAACAACGACGCACCGGAUCCGAAGAUCAGCUGGCCAUGGCUAUACAAGCAACGCCGGAGGUUGGAAAGCAAUUGGGACACAGGCAGGUAUGUCGCGUUCCGCUUGCCGCAUCCAGAUCAUGAAAAUGAAGGUCAUAGGGAGUGCGUAUACACCAUCCAGCAUUCUGGUAACCAUCUGGUAUCAGGCUCUCGUGACAAGACGAUUCGAUGCUGGGACUUGAACACACGGCGAUUACGCAUACCGGAACUCAAAGGCCACGAGGCUAGUGUGCUGUGUUUGCAGUUCGAUGAGCGGCCCGGAGAUAAGCACGACAUUAUUGUCAGUGGAGGCAGCGACAAUUACGUGAUCGUGUGGCGCUUCUCAACAGGAGAGAUGCUGCACAAAAUAACAGCACCUCAUACUGAGAGCGUCCUCAACCUCCGCUUCGAUGACCGAUAUCUCAUAACUUGCUCUAAGGAUAAGACCAUCAAGAUCUGGAAUCGGCACGAGAUUAGCAAGAAUGAUCCGAUUAUGCCUGCGCGAGUGAUCCCUGAAUUUGCAGACGGUCCCGAUUUGCUCUCGCCCUUCACUCUUCUGGACACAUUAUAUGGUCAUAAGGCUGCUGUCAAUGCAGUUCAGAUCAGCGACAACAUCAUUGUGUCAGCCUCGGGUGACCGAACCAUCAGGUCGUGGGACAUCCAGUCAACUAAGGAGGGGCCUAGUCACCGCAAACAGUAUACUGGUCACACUAAAGGUAUUGCAUGUGUACAAUUCGACGGGCGCCGCAUUGUCAGUGGAUCCUCUGACAACUCGGUGCGCAUAUUCGACUACGAUACAACUGCCGAGGUUGCGUGCUUGGAUGGGCACAGCAAUCUUGUGCGUACGCUUCAGGCUAGAUUUGGCGACAUGGACACGGUGACGGACGAGGAGCUUGCUGAUGAGGCGAAAGAGGCGGACCGUAAAUUCUUGAGGACCCUGGAUGAGGGUGUCGAAUCAUCGCAUACACGGCGACCCCGCAAUGCUGGCACGGCGAGCUAUGGCACUAAGAUACCUCCGGGCGGUGGGGGGAGCAGAUGGUCCAAGAUCGUUACGGGGUCUUACGACGAGACGAUUAUUGUCUGGAAGCGCGAUCCGAACAAGGCCGGCAAGUGGACGCCUAACGUGCGUCUAAACCAAGGGUCCUUAUCCUUUAGACACGGUACUCCCCAGGGAGUGAGAGGCAACAUCGGAAAUGCAGCGAGUGGCCCUGCAGUCAAUGUCGCCAAUCCUGCGUCACAAGUUGCGCAAGGUGCUCCAGCGGCCAAUGCGACACAGCAGGCUCAAAUGGUCCUGCAGCAGGCGCACAAUGGUCUUGCUCUGGCCAAUGCUGCGUUGAAUCAGCACUCGCUGAAUCAUCAGCAGCCGCCACCACAUGCUCAGCUACAUGCUAUGGCGACUGCUCAGGCCAACCUAACUCAGCACAUGCAGACCUUAGCGGAUGAGCAACAGCGUCAGAACGCCCCUGGUGAUGGCACCCAUGCCGCACAAUCCGGCGCUCCUGGUCAGCCAGUUGUGCCUGCUGCUGCUGGACUAGUUCAAGCACACCCUCACAAUAACAUACACGCACUAGCUACACCUACUGGACAGCCCGCUGCUCAGCAAGCGGCAGCGGCAACGGUUCCAGUAGCGCAUGGCGCAGGUGCCGCACACCCUCCAGUGCCGGGACCGCAGCCAGCACAAGUACCCGCCGGUGGUCCAGCGCAGCCUCACCAUCACCAUGGUCAUCAUCAUCAUCACCAUGGUCGUGCUCGAUCGGAGUCAAACCGUGUCUUCAAGCUGCAAUUCGAUGCUCGCCGGAUCAUUGCUUGUAGUCAAAACAAGUUCAUCGUGGGCUGGGACUUCGCCAACGGCGAUAAGGAUCUUGAAUGUAUUGGUGAUUGGAGUCGGGAGACUAAUUGAGCGGACGAAGAUCAGCAACUAGACAAUCCGAUCGUGAACCAAGAGUACAUAGGAAGGGAUACUCCCGUUUCUUUGUGAUGAAGAAAGUCCGCAAACCCUGGAAGGCGCAGGGGCGACCUUGGAUUGAGGUGGAAGACAACAGGAAGAAGCAGACAGGUUUUCACGAGGAAUGAUUGAAAUGAUCACACAUGGAAAGCGGUCGAACAGAGUAACAGGAUAAUAGUACUUUAUGUUACCUACCAAUUAAUUUGCGUUGAUUGA